AUGCACUUCCCUAUUAAGGCAAGUUUUUUUUUUUUUUCUUUUCUUUGGGUGGAUAAUUUCAUUUGUGUUUUCUCUAUCAUUUUCUUUUUCUCUUUCUUUACUCAUUACCUUUUUCUCUCUUUUUUUUUUUUUCUUUUCUUGAUUUUCAUUAUCACUACUCAUAUUUUCUGUAAGUUUUCUUUUUCUCUUCCUGUUUCUUUCCCUACUUUUCUUUCUUUCCUUUUUCAUCUAUCCCUGACUUUAUUUCUUUCGUUUCAUUCAUUCCCUCUUUUUCCCAUCAGAGACAUUUCUUUCUUUUUAUUCAUUCAUCCUCUCUUUUUUCAUGAGAAGCAUUUAUUUAAUUUCUUUUCAUUUAUCUCCUUUUUUCCUUUUAUAGGACAAUUUCUUUCUUUAUUUGUUUUUCUUUCUUUUUUCUUUCCUUCUUUCUUUCCUUCUUUUUCUCUUUCUUCCUUUUCAUUCAUCUCCUUUUUUCCUUUUAUUGGAAAAUUUCUUUAUUUGUUUUUCUUUCUUUUUUCUUUCCUUCUUUUUCUCUUUCCCUUUCUUUCUUUCUUUACCUUUCUUUCUUUCAUUCUUUUCAUUCAUUGUCAUUGUCUCCUUUUUCUACAUUAUAAACAUUUCCUUCCUUCCUUCUUUCUUUCUUUCCUUCCUUCCUUCAUUCUUUCACUUUUUUAUCUCAUUUUGUUUCAUCCUCUUUUUUUCCCACUCUUUUCUUCUUUCUAUCCUCAUUCAUUUGUGUUGUUCUUUGAUUUCCUUUUCUCUCUAAUCCUCUCUCUAUCUUUCUUCGGUUUAGUUUGGUUCACCUCAAUUUUUGGCCACCUCAGCAGAAAUGGAUAA